ACCUCUGGUGACCCGGUCGCGUCGCCGGAGUCAUGACCAUGCUGUGGGUCAAUAGCAGCGGCGAGAUGACUGUGGUGCGCAGCUACAACAACGAGCGCAUGUUCUACGCGUGCAACCCGAACGUGACUGUCAGCAGGAAGCCUAGUCUGCGCAUCCAGGUGCUGCAGGCGGAGCUGAGGGGAGUUCUGCUGAAGAGACGCGGCGAUGAUUCUGAUGACGACCCCGGGCUGCCGCACUCGCCGGCCACCCCGCCCAACGCCGCCCGUCUCCAGCAGGAGCUCAAGGGUCAGAGCGGCAAGUCGGGCGGCUCCUGCAGCGACGGCUCCCUCCUCUCCAUGUACAGCUCCGGCACCUGCACAGACGACGACAUAUUCGGCCCGCUCUCGAAGCACCCGUCCAGGGCGUCCCUGGCCAGAGACCAAGACGCACUGGAGCUGGAGACGACGGCGGCGCUGAGUCACUCGGCUGCAAAACACCGGAUCUCCGUGCGGCCUCGGCGGAACCACGGCGCGCCCCGCCAGCACCGGCUGCGGACGCGGCCGCAGACGGCGCCCAGCGCUGCCGGCCUGCCGCCGACCGUGGAGGAGGAGAGCCCGCCGGCCACGCCCACCACCUCGCCCCUCGGACCUGCCACAGCUACAAUCAGUCCGCCCUCCCGCGCCAGCUCCGAUCGCCCGUGCCGCACGCCAUCUAGCAGUCCGAACCGGAGCGCGUCAAUCCGCGCGCCGUCACCGGAUGGCGCCACUUCCGUCCCGCGACCCGCACCGGUCAAGCGCUCCAAGUCGAGCGUGGCUGACCGGCGCAUGCGCGACAUCUCGCCGCGCAAGCUCUGGGGGCGCGAGUCGGCGACCGCCGAGCCAGACGACCGCAAGGCCGAGAGCUUCUUCAGCCGGCUCUUCGGUUCCCGCCGUAGCGGCCGCAAGAAGAAAGACGGCCAGAGCCUGAGCCCAGAGGCGGCGGCGGAUGAGCCGGCAGCGCGCCCGCCCGCCGUGCCGCGCGCCCACGCGCCGCGCCACCGGGCCACAUUCGGUGGCGACGCUCGGUCGCCGCCGUCAGCGAUGCACGCGGACAUCAUCCGCCCGAUGCCGGCGCCGGAGACCGCGCUGCGCCGCGGACCCGCCUUCCUCGCCGACGUGCGCGCCGAGGUGCAGGCGCUGGCGUCCGGCGCCGACCGCGGGGACGACUCGGUGACGGUGUCGCCCCAGGUGCUGCGUCGGCACCGCGCGCUAGCAGGUCGCCAGGGCAUCGAGUCCCCACGCGUACGGCCCAAGCUGGUGGGGCUGACGUCGUACCAGCAGCGCGUAGCGCACCUACAGGCCACACCCAGCCCGGAGCGCGAGACCAAGCGACGCUCCUUCAGCUGCGAGAACAUCAGCGACGACGGCGGCCGGCGCGACUCCUGUUCCGGCAUGGCGCUGGGCAGUGUGCUCAAUCUGAUCAAGUCCACCACCGCCGGCGAGCCGGCGGCGCCCGAGCCGGUGGUGCUGCGCAGCAAGCCGGCGCCCACUGAGGACUCGGAGCUGCUCAAGGUGUUCAAACGGCGCUCGCUCAAGAGUCGUGACUCGGAGGAGUGGUUGACGGCGCCCGUCACUGCCGACGCCGACGCCGACGCCGCACUCGAUGAGAAGGAGAACGAGAAGCCGCGUGAGGAGACCGAAGAGACGAUCGUCUGCGCGUCGACCGACGGAGACACCGGGGGCGAGUCGCGCCGCGUCUCCAUCGGGAGACGCGACAGCGGGAGACGGGUCUCGCAGACGGAUGAAGAGGCCGCCAGCACCGUCGGCUGGCUGAAGCAGACUGUGCGUGAGCGUCGUGAGCAGCGUGAGCAGCGCGAGCAGCAGCAUCUGCGCACCGUUGGUCAGAAGGAGAUCAUAAUCGAGCCGGAGGCCGUAGUCGCAGGCAGAGCAGUGACUGCUACCCGCAGCUCGCGUGUUCUCGAGAUGGCCAACACCUUCCAAAAGCUGCAAAUCACGUGA